GUGAGCUCUUAUUUUGUUUACCUUUUUAAAAAAGGUAAUAUAAGCAUGUCACGGCAAUUGAGCUUUAGCCCACGGCAGGAAUAUGAGCUAAUAGAAUAUCCAGGGCGCGUGGUAAACACAGAGCGCAUGUUAUCCACGCUAGGCGGCAUUAUCAAUGUAUCCAAAGUGUUGGGCGAUGAACAGCGACGUCUAGAGUUGCGUUUUCAUCCAAGUAAUCCAUAUAACAAGCCUGCCUUUGGAGACGGAGUGGACAAAUGUGGCGUGCUAAUUUCUAUAACCGUCAGACGCCAUAAAAGGGACAAGUCCAGACCGCCACAGCACUUUGUGCGGGUGCUAGGUCACUGCAGUCGCAGUUUUUGUUUUGAGUCUCUGUGCGACUUUCAAUUCUUACCAUUGUGGCAUACGCCAAAGAGUGAUGAUGCUUUAGCGGCGACAGAGCUAAUCUAUGCCUUGGAGCAUGUACAGCCACGUGAUGUGACCGAUCUGGGUUAUUUUAAACGUACGCAAUCACAGCUCUUGUGUCUGCCAGAGCUAUUUGCCCGCGUGGAUAUUGUGUAUGGUGGUAAUUAUCGCAUCGACAACACUGAUGAUGGUCAGCAUGAUGUGCUAGGCGUUUUGGCCAAAUCAAACUAUGAAAAUCACGAUGUGGUCAGCUUCAACAUGGUGGAAACGUUUCCUACACAUCCGGACGCACAAAUACUCAAGCGCCUUAAGGUCAAAUAUGUGUCCGACGAGCAAUUUGCGCGGGUUAAGAAAUUGUUUGAAGAAAAUCCUAUUUGGACGCGUAUUGCUCUACUCUACGAGUCGGGCGUGAGCAAUGAGAAGCUUAAGUGCAUCAUACCCUCGUUAGCAUUUUACUUCAGCAACGGUCCCUGGCGUUCGCUAUAUGUUCGCUAUGGCUAUGAUCCACGCAAAGAUUUCAAGAGUCGCUAUUACCAGACCUUUGACUUUCGCUUGCGCUUUGGCUCGGGCGUCUCUGAGUUCGUGUAUUCAAGAAAAUCUGCAAAACAGAAAAAGGCCACAGCUCCCGAUGAAGCCAAAAGCGAGCUGGUGCAGGAUAUUGACUACCCCUACUUUAAUGAGCACAAGCUACCUCGUUCCCGGCAGUGCAUGCUGCGCUAUUGCGACGUACAUCUGCUCAAAAUACAGGAAAUGUUAGAAAAGCUGCCCACACCGCUAACUGGCGCUGUUUGCAAUGAAAAAACAGGCUGGCUGCCGCCCAGCUUUGACUCCCAGGUGCGUCAAAUUGUGUGCGUUACCAUCAGCGAACUGCUGCGCAAUCAUUAUCGCAAGGAACACUUGACUGCUGAGGUAGAAGCUGUACUGCCUCACGAUGCCGAUUUGGAGGAGGAUGAAUAUUAUGCAGAUGCUGAGCCUCAGGACGAAGAAAUGGAUCUGGAUGAAACGCCAGUGACAGAAAGUUUUGUAGAUAAAAACAUUGAGCAAUUGCUUAACAAUAUGACAAGCUGAGACUCAGCUGAAGCAGCUGCUUUACAGUUGCGGAAUUCAUUUGUAAACGUUUCUUUUCAGUGACUGUUCGUCGGAGUAAAUCAAGCAAUGCGACGAGCUCAGUCCAAUUACAUUUAGAUAUGCUUAAAGACAGUUAUAGAAGAGCCCAGAAUACAAAAUACAACGAGAUAAUAAAAACAGUACAGACAGCCAUAUUACCAAUGUACAAAAAAAAUUUCAAUCAAAAAGAAGCUCAAAUUUGUACCAAUGUCAAUGCCGCAAUGAUAACUUUUCACUUAGUCGGGGGAAAUAUAUAAAUUCAAUCUAUCAAUUAGUAAAAAUUAGAUAGUCCUGUACGGGAAACACAAAAAACAAUAUAAAUAUACGAAAGUAUUAUGAUGUCGUUGCGUUUUUACUCACCUACAAUUAAUUUGUAUCUACGAUAACUUAUCUUGAAAAUAAAAACUUCAAAUCGUUGAU